AUGAAGAAAAGAAAGUUUAAUAAGGAAGUAAAAUUACAGAUCAAAGCAGAAGCUUCUAGUCUAGACUUUUUCAGCGCCUGGGCCUGGGAUGGGGCCACAGCCUCCGCGCGCCCGCCGCCUCCUGCUGCCUCCUGCCGCUUCCGGACCGUGGUCACCGGCAAAGUGAGCAAGCUUCGAGCCUUCGUGAAACUGUGCAAGCAGGACCCGAGUGUUCUGCACACCGAGGAAAUGAGCUUCCUGAGGGAGUGGGUGGAGCGCAUGGGGGUAAAACCACCUGCUACUCAUAAAGCUAAACUGGAAGAAAAUACCAAGGAAGAAAAAACAGAUAGUAAGAAGGCAGAGGAAAACAUAAAGACAGACGAACCAUCAAGUGAGGAAAGUGAUCUAGAAAUUGACAAUGAAGGUGUGCUUGAACCAGGCACUGAUGCCCCUCAAGAAAUGGGAGAUGAAAAUGUAGAGAUAACUGAGGAGAUGAUGGAUCAGGCAAAUGAUAAAAACGUGGCUGCCACUGAUGCCCUAAAUGUUGGUGAACUACAGAAAGCCAUUGACUUGUUCACAGAUGCCAUCAAGCUAAAUCCUCGUUUGGCCAUUCUGUAUGCCAAGAGAGCGAGUGUCUUCAUCAAAUUACAGAAGCCAAAUGCUGCCAUCCGAGACUGUGACAGAGCUAUUGAAAUAAAUCCUGAUUCUGCUCAGCCAUACAAGUGGCGAGGGAAAGCACACAGACUUUUGGGCCAUUGGGAAGAAGCUGCCCAUGAUCUUGCCCUUGCCUGUAAGCUGGAUUAUGAUGAAGACGCUAGUGCAAUGCUGAAAGAAAUUCAGCCAAGGGCCCAGACAAUUGCUGAACGUCAGAGAAAGUAUGAGCGAAAACGUGAAGAGAGAGAGAGCAAAGAAAGAACAGAAAGGGUCAAGAAUGCUCGGGAAGAACAGAGAGCCCAGAGGGAGGAAGAAGCCAGACGACAAUCAGGAGCUCAGUAUGGCUCUUUUCCAGGUGGUUUUCCUGGCGGAAUGCCUGGUAAUUUUCCUGGAGGAAUGCCUAGAAUGGGAGGGGGCAUGCCUGGAAUGGCAAGAAUGCCUGGGCUCAAUGAAAUUCUUAGUGAUCCAGAGGUUCUUGCAGGCAUGCAGGAUCCAGCAGUUAUGGUGGCCUUCCAGGAUGUGGCUCAGAACCUGGCAAAUAUGUCAAAAUAUCAGAGCAACCCAAAGAUUAUGAAUCUCAUAAGUGAAUUGUUGGCCAAAUUUGGAAGUCAAGCAUAA